ACGUGACAUGUAGGUGAUAUCCGGUUGUAGACAGUAUCAAAAAUUAACAAAAAAUGUAAUAAUUUCGUAAGAACAGGCGAUUGUAUGAAGCCAUUUAAUCAGAUUCAAUAAGCUUUUUAAACUAAGUGACUAAUCUGCCGAAGGUCAAGUAUGAUUUGAGAGGAUAAUGUUUCUAAAACUUGACAAUGUCGUCCGUGAAAAAGUUUCUUUCUAAAAUCGAUGCAGGCAGCCAACAAAAUCCGCUGAUCGGUAAAGUUUUUGUGGUCGGGAAGUUCACAGUGACAGUAGAGGAUGUAAUUGCACAAGGAGGAUUUGCGGUUGUGUUUUUGGUGAAAGCAGCCAAUGGGAACAGAUAUGCUCUCAAGCGGAUGUUUGUCAACAAUGACCAUGAUCUGGCUGUAUGUAAGAAGGAAAUCCAUAUAGCUAGAACAUUAAGUGGUCACAAGAACAUUAUACGGUUUGCCGAGUCUAGUGUAACAGUAACUCCUAACAAAGUCUAUGAGGUUCUCAUUCUUAUGCAGUAUUGUAGAGGAACUGUGAUACAAUUGAUGAAUGAUCGUAUAGGUCAGGGUCUAGGUGAGAGAGAAAUCCUACGUAUAUUCUGUGAUGUUAGUGAGGCUGUAUCCAGGCUACAUCAUUGCCAGACGCCCAUAAUACAUAGAGAUCUAAAGUUAGAGAAUGUACUGAUAUCAGAUGAUGGGCAUUAUGUGUUGUGUGAUUUUGGAAGUGCUACGGCACGGGUGCUAGAUAAAGAACAGCAUGACAUUAAACAGAUUGAAGAUGAAAUACAAAAGUACACCACUAUAUCAUACAGAUCCCCAGAGAUGAUAGACUUGUAUGGUGGAAAAUCCAUUACUACUAAAGCUGAUAUAUGGGCAUUAGGUUGUUUAUUAUACCGUCUGUGUUUCUUCACUCUUCCAUUUGGAGAAAGUUCCUUGGCAAUACAGAGUGGCAAAUUUACAAUACCGGAUGAUUCCAAAUACUCAAAAUAUAUACACUCUCUUAUAGCAUACAUGUUAGAAGAGGAUCCAGACAAGAGACCUGAUAUAUUUCAAGUUUCCAGUGUAGCAUUUAGACUUGCCCGUAAAGAAUGUCCAGUGCCAAAUAUGAAUGGAUCACCAGUUCCAGAUAUCAGUAAACUUCCAGUUCCGCUGACAGAAAGUGAUUCUAGACAAGUUAAAAACGUUGCCAAGUCCACUCCAGUCACUACAGUAGAAAGUACAACAGUAGCCCCUCGUCAGAGACCGAAGGGGCAGAACUCUGCCACUACAAGUGGAAUAGCUCCCCCUGUUCAAACUUCUAUAGCUCCUAGACGUAGACCUCAAGCAAGUGCAAAUAAUACAGAUUCAACUGCUCAGCAACAAGCUCAAGCAUUAAGCCAACAACAACAACAACAACUGCAGCAUCAGCAGCAACAACAACAACAACAACAACAACAGCUGCAUCAACAGCAGUAUGCUCAACAACAACAACAACAAGCUGGUGUGCCAAAGUCACAGGCACAGGUUUAUGUCAGUCAGGCCGGGCCAAUGACGCAAGGUCAGUUUUACCAGCAAGCCCAAGCCCAGGGUGUCUAUACUGCCCAACAGUACCAGUAUUACCUGCGACAGCAACAGCUCAUGCAGCAACAACAGAUGCAGCAACAAUAUAGACAACAGCUGCAGCAACAACAACAGUUACAGAUGCAGCAACAAAUGGCUCUUCAGCAACAGUACAUGAUGAUGCAACAACAACAACAACAGAAUCCGACCCAGCAGCCUGGUGAAUCAUCAGAUGAGGACCAGUUCAACCUGUUGUUACAGGAGAGACUACAGGUGUCUGGAGAUCCUCGGACUGCGGCAGGAACUGCAAAUAUUGAUACAGGUCAGACGAGUGGAGUCAGAAGUAAUGAAGGUCAGCCUCAGUUGAUUGUGUUCAGUGAUAGUGAUACGUCUGCUGCACAUGAUGUGAAUCAGAACAGUAAAACAUUCCAACAAAAGUCAUUUAAAAAACCUCCAGGACCACUGCCUCAGAAACCACCUAAACCUCCGAGAAAUGGUGAUUCUCAACAACUUAUAUCUAUAACUCCACCAACAUCGCCAAAGACUUCUGUGAGAGGUCAUCGGCGGAAUGUGAGCGAUACUUCCGGGUACCGUAUGGGUGGAAAGGGUAGUGCAUUUAGAGCUUACGGUGGAGGUGGGGGAGAUAUGCUCAGUGCCAUUCAUGAUCUUAAAUCCAAAUCUGCAACAACUAGUCCCAUAAACUCUCCUCCAAGGUCCCUUGGAAUGACAAGGACAGUGUCUAUGGAUGAAUGGAAUCCAUUUGAAGAGGAUAAUUUUGGAACUGAAACAGAAGAUUCAAUAUUUGGAAAGGAGUUUGAUAAACUACGUAGAGGUUCAAAUAGUAGUAUAUCAAAUGUAAAGAGUAGAGAAGACUUGGUAAUGUCAGGGUCGGAUUCUUCCACAGAUCCAUUCCAGAAUGCUCCAUUUAAAAAGCAUGGUCAUGCAUCUGACAGUGAUGACGAUUUUAUGGAUAGUAAUGCUCGUCAAGCAGACAGCUCAGAUAACUCUCCUUCAGUCCAACGAGAAAACCAAAAGUCUCAGGAACCUUUCUCUGUCCGUGCGGCACUUGGCAUGUCUUCCAGAUACAACAAGCUUGUUGAUAGUGGUGAUUAUUAUGAUGGUGAUCAUACUGACGAUAAAACUACUGACAACGAUAAACCCGCAAAUAAAUAUAAUAAGCUUGUUGAUAAAGACAGAAGUGAUUUUAAAUCCAAUAAGUCUAAGAAUGUAAAUAAUAGCAAUAAUCGUAGGAAAGCUAGUCUGGAAAUGAAAAAAGAUGUUGCAAAAAGUUGCAAGAACUAUGAAGAAAAUCUACAGAAGUACAAAAGAAAUUUGCCUAAAAAUACGCAUAUCACUGCUUCUGGUGAUGUUAUCAAGUCGCGACACCGUCGGCGGGAAUCAAGUUCUUCACAUGCUGAUGAGGAUAGUAUAUCAGAACAGAAAGGAACUGAAUUUUAUUAUCGAGAACUUGAUGAUGAGUAUGGGAGUCGUCCAAGUGCUCAUGUAACGAAAAAAGAUCAUGAUGUUAUUUCCAUGGUUUCUACAUCGAGUCAGGAAUAUGACCCCACUCCAAAGCAUUUACCUGUACCGCCGCCACCAAAUUGCACCUCAGAACAGGAAGCUGCAUCAACACCACCUGAGAAGCCAGAUCCUAUUAUUGGACAUGAGCAUGGUGUCCGUCCUUUGCUUGACGACGAUGAACUUGAAAACGCCUAUGAUGGAAGUAAUCCUACUCCUGGAGCGUCGGAGACUGCAAGUGAAGCAGAGACUAUCUAUGCUUCACCACAAAGUUCCGAACCUACUUCCCCAGUGUCCAAGCCAGAAACUACGGAUAUAUUUGGAGCUGCACCGUUCAGGAAAAAAGCAUCUCGUAAGAAAAGACCAAGCUCUGGUAUAUAUUCAGGAGUAAAAGCAAGCUCUAAAGAUGAUAUUUACAAAGUGAGUACCUAUGUAAAACCAACUGUUCCACCAAAACCAAGGCUUCCAUCAAAACCUUCACAAAAUAAAGAGGAUUCUGGGAAAAUGAGUCACACAAAUAAACAUCGGAACAGGCGACAUGCUUCUGGAGGAGAAAUGAGUGUAGGUCUGUUGGCGAGAAGUGAUGACAGUGACAGUGACGAUGCAAACGUAAAUGAUAUUUUUGGAAAUGCCCCAUUUAUUAAAAGGUCUUCAAGUUCAACUGAUGCUGUUUUACAUAUAUCUCCUCUAUGUGAACAGAACUUCCCAAAUAAGGCUUUUGAAUCGAGAAAUGGUAUAGCCAACAGUUUUAGUGUAGAUAGUUUGAAUCUCAGAGCCGAAGCUUUACCAGACUCUUUCGGUGCCAUACCUUUUAAUACUAUGCAAGUUAGAUCAGCUAGUUCUGUGAUUUCACAUGGAAGAGCUAUGAGUGAACAAAGGUCUCCAGUUUCCACAGUCCCUUUUCAGACUGUGUCUAGUCCAGUUAGUUCUCCCCCAACCAUUCCAGUAACCACAAGAUCUACUACUAGUCCAACACGCCCUGUUCCGGCACCAAAACCAACUCGCUUCCAAGAAUCCAGUGUGCCUGUGAUCAAACGUGAACGAGAAUCUGUAAAAACACGAGAAUUGAAUGAACCUGCCCCAAAUUAUCAUAAGUUCAAAGAUGAAUAUGAUUCAGGGGAAGAUGAUUUUGUCCAAUUAGAAAAACCAAAAUACUUUAAAAGCAAGCAGUCAAGAAGUCCACGACCACCGGACAGAGAUAUUGAAAGUUCAGCGUUCUCAAAUAUGAGUUUCAAUGACGAUUUUGAUGACGAAGAACAGGAAGCUGUAAAUAUUGGAAUGUCAGCCUCUAUGAAUGAAGCAAGUCUUCAUUCAGUAAAAUCAUCAAAUAGUCAGAAUCUAAAUGUUGGACAAAGUCAGCAAACUGGAUUUGUUAAAGACCCAUCUCCAGUGAACCAGGACUCGAUAAAACCACCAAACGAUGGUGGAUAUGACACUUCUACUUGGCCGCGAAAACGACACAAAGUUCCGAGUAAACAACACGCUACAGCAGAACCUUUUACUGUAAAAAAGAGGGUUGAUAGUAUAUUUAGAUGAAUAUUUGUACUAUGUUGUGAAUUUAUGUGUUGAUCACAGAUACAAAAUGUAUUUAUUUAUAAGUCAGUGUUAUACUGGUGAUCCUUGUGCUGAAAUUUUGUCCUAAUUUUUAUGUUUUAUUUAUUUUCUUUGUAUUCACAAGUGAUGUGUUUUAAUGGUAUUCUGUGAUUUAUAAGUAAUAUUUAUUAAUUCCAAGAACAUUAGUAAUACAUGCAUAAAAUGUCAGUCUUCACAUGCAGACAUAUUGUCCUUCCAGUUUUGUUUGUUUUAUAUAGUCUUAGUUGGAGACUGAGAGUUUUGUACUUUUCUUCAUUAUAUUUUGGAAAGGAAUCUAGGAUAAUCACAAUAAGAAAGUAAAACGUUCAUACUUUAAAAUCUAAUUAUUAGAAUUAAUUAGUCAAAGAUUGAAACUUUGCACCUGGGGUGCUCCAGAGAUUUCAAGGGAUAUAAAUACUCAUAUUUACCAUUGCUUACAUGUAUAAUUAUCAGGCGAGAUGGCCCACCCUUACUCUUAAUCUGAUUCCCCGUUUGACUUUUCAAAAACAAGAAAAGCUGUUGUACUUUACUACUUUUUUUCAACACCUGCAUCCAUGUCUCAACUGGUUAAGUUUCUAUAUGUAUGUGCACUGCACAGAUUCUAUUUUUAGCUUGACUAUUCUACCCACCCUGGCAUUGGCAUCGGUGUCACACCUUGGUUGAAGUUUUGCAUGCAAGUACAUAUGGCUAUCAUUUAAAGUCAUAAAGCUUAGAAACUUAUUUUUUCUUUUUCUAAGUCAGUUACCAACCUCACUAGGUCAAGUCACAUAACCUGACAUGUCUUUUCACCAAAAUUUUAAUUAUGACCCCUUUUGGACUUAGAAAAUCCUGGUUAAAGUUUUACAUGCAAGUUACUAUCUCCAAAACUAAUGCAGAAAUUGAAUUGAAACUUCACAUGUGUCUUUGGGGUUAUAAAACUAGGGGAUAUCAUCAAGUCCCAUAACUGCAUUUUGGCCAAAUUAUGCCCCCUUUUGUACUUAAGAAAUCUUGGUUAAGGUUUUGCAUGCAAGUAUCUAUCUCCAAAACUAAUGCAGAUACUGGAUUUAACUCUGUAGAUAUUUUAACAUUUAGGGUAAUAUUCCUGCUUCAGGGACAACAAUUCGAAUAGUCGAGCAUUGGCUGUCUUACGAGCAGCUCUUGUUUUUCACAGAGUUAGGCCCCUGUUUCAACUAUACUUUAUAUUCUUAUUCAGUAACUACUUGAAAGUUCACAUACUACUUCACUAUGAUGAUUUGACAUUCAGUGUACAGGUCCUGUAACCCUUCCCUGCUUUUAUACAAAGUUAUGUACAAUAUCAGCUCAGCAAUUUUAGUUAAGGUUUAAUGUAGCAUAUCAUCUCUGUGAUCUAGUGUGGGAAUGAAUUGAAGCCUCACACAUCUGUUUUUCUGUUAUGAUCUGACAUACACUGCACAUGUUCUGUAAAUCUUUGCUUUAUCACAUAGUUAUGGCCUAUUUGUGACAAGGAUUUGAGUAGUCGAGUGUUCAUGUUCUCCAGUAACUCUUGUUUCUUUUUGAAUUGAGCCGCACCAUGAGAAAACCAACAUAGUGCAUUUGCGACCAGCAUGGAUCCACACAGUCUGGUCAGGAUCCAUGCUGUUCGCUUUCAAAGCCUCUUGCAAUUAGAGAAACCAUUAGCGAACAGCAUGGAUCCUGACCAGACUACACAGAUGCGCAGGCUGGUCUGGAUCCAUGCUGGUCGCAAAUGCACUAUGUUGGUUUUCUCAUUGUGUGGCUAAAUUGUUCAUGCUUAUUGUUGCCUUUUUUCUGUGCAGAUUUAUUUGUUGAUGGUAUUUGGGUUUUGCUUUCUGGAUGAGGCUGAUUACAAUUAAAUAUGUAUAAAACGCAUUGAUAAUUAUAACCUAAGGAGAAUACAUGGCUAAAGACUUUACUUCUCAAUAUCUACACAUUAAAGUUCAUAUGUGCAUUUUCUAAUUUGCAUCUUAUAUAUUAUAUCCACUGUUUCAAAUGGCAAUACAAACUGGCCUAGUUUGUUCAUUUUCUUUAGAUAAUUCAGAAAAAUCCCAUGAUUCUUUCUUGACAAGCAUCGGGAAUCGGUAUUCAUGCAGGACUACGGUAUAUCAUAGUCGAUUCAUUCCUGAAGAUUAAAUCCCAACAAACUUUAAGAUUCCCAAUCAGUUAUUUGAAAGUUGAAAUCCAUUUAUUUAUAUCCCCCAGGAAAUAGCCGUUUUGGCCCAACAAUGAAGUUUUGUGCUCAUUAACCAUUACCCUGCUAAAUUUCUAAAAUGGACUGGUCUAUCAUUCAAUUUGGUCAGUACCAUUUAUUAUUCGAAAGGGUGUUCACUGAAAAUUUACUGACUGAAUAGCGAACAGGGCAGACCAUGAUCAGAUGUGCAGGCUUAUCUUGGUCAGCACUGGUCGCAAAGGAAGAAUCACUUGCCGCCAGUGGGCUAAAGGUUAAAUUGAAUAAUUUAACUGUAUAUGAAUCUGUUACAUCAUCCUGACAAAGAUACUGUGCUGUAUACUUGCUUUAAAGAAGUCUGCUUUUUCUUUUAAGAUAUCCGGAAGCUUCAUGAUUCAUGUCAUUUUUAUCUAAAUAAAAAAAAAAAAAGACAGUUAAAGUGUCUAUUCUCUAUUUUUAUUACGUUCCGAUGUGAAAAGAUACAUUAGUUUGGAGUUCGAAUAUUGAUGUAAAUAGCCAGACAGUAUUCUGUUAGAAUCAUUAUGUUGUAAAGAAGACUAAUUACUCUACUUGCAUAGCUUUAUCAUGAAUGUUUGAAAAAAAUCUUGGAAGUUUUUAAUUGUGCAUCUGAGGUAAAUUUACAUACAGCAUUAUGCUAUAUAGACACAAAAGUAUAAUCAUGUUAUAACAGAAGAUCAGUGAACAAUAUAAAUCCAGGACUGCACAGAUGUUCAGGCUGAUCUGGAUCCAUAAUGGUUGCAAAGUCAAAGCAUUGUUUUUGCACAGCGUCACUCAUUUACUAAAACUCAAACUAAAGAUGGAGUCUAAUUGCUGUUGAAAAAGAUUAUUUCAAAUAUGGAUAAAGACACUGAAAAAUACCCUAAAAUGGGUUAUAUAUCAAUGUAUUUUAUAAUUUGAAAAGUUUCUGUUUGAUGUAUCAGACCAAUAUUUACAUCAGUUAUCAAAAGAAAGGAUUCCAUAAACCUGUUAGUGAAGAGAUAAAGUGAACAUUUCUAUCAGUGUAAAGACUUUCACUACAGUGCAGAUACAAUGAUUUGAAUGUUCAGUAUUCAUAUGUAACUAAUAAGCAAACAGUAUUGAUCCAGAUCAGACUGCAUGGUCUUUAAGAUCUAGGGUGUUACAUGUAUAUGGGGAAAAAAAAGGAUUUUGUUGACCUUAGUGUAAUUGAAUACCAUUAUGGUAGAUAUCUUCUUGUUGCACCUAGCCAACGAAGCUUAUCUCAUUUGUAAAGUAUGAAUUAGUCCUCAGUGCAAAAACAGUUGUAUCUGUUUUCAUGUUUAAUAUACAAUAGUUUUAUAUUGAUGCAGUAAAACAUACGUUUGCUAGUCGAACUUUGUGUUUUUAUUUGAUUGCAAGUUGAUGUGAGUAUACAUUCCUUUGUAUUUUGUUGUUUUUUUUUGUUAUGUUUUGGCUACUUUUGAAAUGCGUGUGCCAUCAUGUUAAAAGGUACAAACUUUCAGAUUAACAACAAGUUUUGAAAUAAGUUUGGAUGUAAUUAAACAUCACUAUGGUUGCAUACAUUUUAAAAUUUUGCAAAAAUAGAAGCUAAAAAUCUUCCUGAGAUGGUCCUUUUAAAAACGAUGGCUUGCAUACCUGUAGCUCUGUUUUUAUUAGCUCACCUGUCACAUAGUGACAGGGUGAGCUUUUGUGAUCGCCCUUCGUCCGUCCGUCGUCCGUACACAAUUUCUUGUGAACAAGAUAGAGACAACAUUUUGCAAGCAAUUUUGAUCAAACUUGUACAAAACUUGUAUUGGCAUGAUAUCUCAGUUCCUUUCAAAAACGGGCCAGAUCCCAUCAUGGGUUCUAGUUAUUGCCCCUUAAAGGGCCAGAAUUGGCUAUUUUUGUGCAUCAACAAUUUCUUGUCUGCACGAUAGUGGUUUCAUUUAUGAUUUUAUUUUAACCAAACUUGCACACAACUUGUAUCACCAUAAGAUCUUGGUUCCUUUUCAACCGGCCAGAUCCCAUUAUGGGUUCCAGAGUUAUGGCCCCUGAAGGGCCAAAAUUAGCUGUUUUGACCUUGUCUGCACAAUAGCAGCUUCAUUUAUGAUUUGAUUUUUACCAAACUUGCACACCACUUGUAUCACCGUGAGAUCUUAAUUCCUUUCUUGAAGUGGCCAGAUUACUUCCUGGGUUCCAGAGUAAUGGCCCCUGAAAGGGCCAGAAUAAGCUAUUUUGACCUUAUCUGCACAAUAGCAGCUUCAUUUAUGAUUUGAUUUUAACCAAACUUGCACAGAACUUGUGUCACCAUAAGAUCUUGGUUCCUUUCUUGAACUGGCCAGAUUCCAUUAUGGGUUCCAGAGUUAUGGCCCCUGAAAGGGCCAGCAUUAGCUAUUUUGACCUUGUCUGUACAAUAGCAGCGUCAUUUAUGAUUUGAAUUUAAUUAAACUUGCAGAAAACUUGUGUCACCAUAAGAUCUCAGUUCCUUUCUUGAACCGACCAGAUCCCAUUAUGUGUUCCAGAGUUAACUAAAAGGGCCAAAAUUAGCUUUUUUGACCUUAUCUGCACCAUAGCAGCUUCAUUUAUGAUUUGAUUUUAAUCAAACUUGCACAAAACUUGUGUCACCAUAAGAUCUCAGUUCCUUUCUGGAACUGACCAGAUCCCGCAACAGGUUCCAGAGUUAUGGCCCCUGAAAGGGCCAAAAUUAGCUUUUUUGACCUUGUCUGCACAAUAGCAGCUUCAUUUAUGAUUUGAUUUUAACCAAACUUGCACACAACUUGUAUCGAACCAAGAUGUUGGUUCCUUUCUUGGAAUGGUUAGAUUCCUUUAUGGGUUCCGGAGUUAUGGCCCCUGAUAGGGCCAGAAUUAGCUAUUUUGACCUUGUCUGCACAAUAGCAGCUUCAUUUUUGAUUUGAAUUUAAUCAAACUUGCACAGAACUUGUGUCACCAUAAGAUCUUGGUUCCUUUCUUGAAUCGGCCAGAUCCCCUAAUGGGUUCCAGAGUUACGGCCCCUGAAAUGGCCAAAAUUAGCUAUUUUGACCUUUUCGGCUUAAUAGCAGCUUUGUUGUUCCUGUCCUUUGGGCUUCAUCAGUCAAAAUUUUGCUCGAUGUAAUCCUUUGGGCAUAAAACUACUGGCCUGAUUUGAAAAUAAUUUUAUUUGAAGUAACUUUAAGAAAAUUUCAACUAUAUUUUCUCAUAAUUCUUUUGAUUGAUCUAGAUUAUGAUUCUUUGAUCUUCUUGUCCUUAAGUGCAAUGAUAACAGGUGAGCGAUAUAGGGCCAUUUUGGCCCUCUUGUUUAACUUUUGUUGAGAUCAAAGUUUGAAUUCCUUUGACUAUUAGGAACUGGUGCUAGAACUAUACAUACAUAUUAACCAUUAGCUUGCUAAAUUUUUAAAAUGGACUGGUCCAUCACUCAAUUUGGGCAAUACCAUUUAUUAUUCCAAGGGGUGUUCACUGAAAAUUUGCUGACUGAAUAGUGAACAGUGCAGACCGUGAUCAGACUGCACGGACAUGCAGGCUGAUCUUGGUCUACACUGGUUGCAAAGACAGAAUCACUUGCCACCAGCAGGCUAAAGGUUAAAAACUGUUAUUAGCUUAUUUUUUCCUGUAAUACUUUCUAGCUAUUCUGUGACAAGUAAAUCAGUGUUUCAGUACAAUGUAUGUUACGGACAUCUUCUGUUUUGUGUUGUACAAGUCAAGAAAUGGUAAAACAAAUAUUAAUUUGUGUAUCAACAAGAGAUCUAACUUUUAUUUAUGUUACUGCAAAUAUGUUGAUAUUUUAAUCCAUUGAACUGAGCAUAGAAAUGUGAUUUAUCGAUCUGUGAACGUUCAAAAUUUUACCUGUGCUAUUUAUAUAUCACUUAAUCCUUACCCUGCUAAAUUUCUGUAUUGAACUUGUCCAUCUUUCAAUUUGGAAUGUACCAUCAACUGUUAAAAUGGGUGCUUACCAAAAAGAUACUGACUGAAUGGCGAACAGUGCAGAUCAUGAUCAGACUGCUUGGAUGUGCAGGCUGAUCAUGAUCUACACUGGCUGCAAAGGUAGAAUCAGUUGUGUCCAGCAUGAUAAGGAUUAAGUAGGAGUUAAAACAAACUUUAUAUAUGCAUAAUAUAUUGCAAAAUAGAUGAAUGUUUAAGAAGUAAAGUCUACAAAAUGUGUAUUUGUAAACUACAAAAUAUUUAUUGAUAGGAUAUUAAAGAAAAUACUCAUUUUAUUUUUUCGAACAGAAGUUUCCCUCCAUAAACUUUCAUUUAGAAUUUAACAUGAAUUUUUAUCUUUGUUUGGAAAUCCAGCUGAAUUCAGCUGUAUCUGUUGACAGAGAAAUUUUUUAAUUGUCAAGAUUGGUAAUAAUAUUUUGGUCAUUAAAAAAAUAAAAUUUUCACUCAAGAGAAAAAGUGUAUUUUGGAAUAAUAUUUUGAGUUACAAUCUUAUAAAUGAAAAUACAAACUUUAGAACUAUAUAUUUUUAACAAAACUGUAAGGUGAUGCUUUCUUAUAAAAUUACUAGUUGUUUUACCAUCAUUAGAAAAAACCCAUUGAUAUCAAAGAAAAGGUGUUAGAGUAAAUGUUAAUAGAAUAAUGUAUUCCUUUUUUAGCUCACCUUUGCACAAAGCGCUCAAGGUGAGUCUUUUUGAUUGCCCUGUGUCUGUCAUGUGUCAUCAACAGUUUCACUGUCAACACUCUACAGGUGACACAUUUAGCCCAGUCUUAAUGAAACUUGGUCCAAAUAUUACACUCAAUAAAAUCUCAAAAUAUUUUGUUACUUGAUCAAAAACUACAUCAAGUAAUAGGAAAACCAUGUUGACACACUAGCUACCACAUUGUUUGCUUGGUUUUUGUAAAACUUUGUCAGAAUGUUUGUCUCUAUAAAAUCUAGGUCAAGUUUGAAAGUAGAAUGUCUAGGUCAAAAACUAGAUCAAGUCAUAGAAAGACUUUGUUAACAUUCAACAGGCCACAUUUUCUAACUGACCUUCGUGAGACCUGGCUGUUUAAAAUCUAGGAUACAUUAGUAACUCGAUCACUUGGAUAAAAAACUUGGUCACUAGGUCAGAUAAUUGAAAGACUGGGUUAGAGAUAUACUUAUUUACAUAAAACAUAAUCAGUGUUUGUCUCAAUGAGAUGGUUCUGCUUGCUCGCACUUUGAAGCUCGCCUCUGAAAUUGCUUUCCAAAAUUUGAAAUAUCAUUCAGUUUGCAGAAAUGUUUCUUGGGUGAACUUCUAUCAAGGUGGCUGUCUGAUUACUAAAAACCGUGGCCGCAAUGUGCUUGACUUAUUAAUCCCCCGCCACAAGUGGUGGGGGGUUAUAGGAAUGGUCUCCGUCCAUCCUUCCGUCCGUCUGCCCGUAACACUUUCGUGUCCGCUCCAUAUCUCCUAAACCCCUCGAAGGAUUUUCAUGAAACUUGGGUCAAAUGAUCACCUCAUCAAGACGAUGUGCAGAACCCAUGAGUCAGCCUUGUCGGCUCAAGGUCAAGGUCACAACUUAAGGUCAAAGGUUUGAGCCUUCCAUUUUGUGUCAGCUCUAUAUCUCCUAAACCCCUUGAAGGAUUUUCAUCAAACUUGGGUCAAAUGAUCACCUCAUCAAGACGAUGUGCAGAAUCCAUGAGUCAGCCAUGCUGGCUCAAGGUCAAGGUCACAACUGAAGGUCAAAGGUUUGAGCCUUCCAUUUUGUAUCUGCUCUGUAUCUCCUAAUUCCCUUGAAGGAUUCAUAUGAAACUUGGGUCAAAUGAUCACCUCAACAAGGCGAUGUGCAUAACUCAUGAGUUAGCCAUGCCGGCUCAAGGUCAAGGUCACUAUUCGAGGUCAAAGCCUUCCAUUUUGUGUCUGCUCUGUAUCUCCUAAACCGCUUGAAGGAAUUUUAUAAAACUUUGGUCAAAUGAUCACCUCAUCAAAGCGAUGUGCAGAACUUAUGAGUCAGCCAUGCCAGCUCAAGGUCACACAACUUAGGGUCAAAGGUUUGAGCCUUCCAUUUUGUGUCCACUCUGUAUCUCCUAAACCGCUUGAAGGAUUUUCAUCAAACUUGGGUCAAAUGAUCACCAUAUCAAGAACUCAUGAGUCAGCCAUGUCAACUCAAAGUCAAAGGUUUGAGCUCUGUAUCUCCUUAACCCCUUUAAGGAUUUUCAUGGCACGUGGGUCAAAUGAUCAUCCAUAGCUGUGGUGGGGGAUUUAGCUGUCUUUCAGACUGCCUUGUAUUUAUAUGGAGGGUACACUUUGAAAAUCAUCUGUUUUGAAAAUUAGUUUCACACAGUUACUCCUUUGGUGACCCUCUACUGAUAUAGUUAUCCCCCAAUGAAGGCAGAGGGAUAUUGAUUUGGUGUUCUCUGUCCAGAUAUUUGACCAUCUAUCUGUCCUUGCAUGCAUUUGUCCUUUCAUGUUAAGUUGUUAAAAACCACAACCCCAAUGAAACAUAUUGUUCUGUGAAACUCAGGUGAGCAAACUAGGGCCAUCAUGACCCUCUUGUCAUUCUUAAUGAGCAACAAUAAAUUAGAAAUGAACAUCUUAUGUUCACAUAAAGAAGAUACAUUUUCUUACAUUCAUAUACCAGGUAGUGCAGAAGAGAAUAAGAAACAAAACUGUGAUGAUACUAACCUUGGACUUUAUUUUAGCCUUAAAAUAACUAAAUACUGUAUAAGUGGAUAAGUUCCUGGAUAAAGAAGUUUUAGAGUUGCCGUUUUCAGACGUUUUGCAAGCAAAUAUAUUUGUGAAUCGCUGUAAACUGAAGUGUAAAAGCCAAGUUUAUUUAUCUUUACUAUUGAUGCAUUUUGGUGAACGUCGAAAUUUAUGCUGGCCGACAUUUCCAUGUCACAAACUUUUCCACUUUUACAGUACUUGAUGUAGUGUUGUGAGGGAUUAACUUGAUAUUGUUUACCUUAUAUAGCAUAACAAGGACAACACUGUUUUAAAUUGUUAAUAUUAAAGAUACUGUUUUUCUUCUGUUGAAAUAAACUAUACUGAUUCAA